CGCGGGAGGCGGCUGGUGCUGCAGCUCCGCUGUCCCCAUGGCGGGCUGGCUGCUACCGCCUGCCCUCCCUCUCCUUGUUCUCCUGUGUGCCCAGCCCUGCCUCUGCGCCAGGGCUCCAGCCUCCUCCCAGGCCGUGACGGCCCGGCUGGCGGCGAAGUGGCCGGCGACCCCGCUCCUGCUGGAGGCGAGUGAAUUUAUUGCAGAAGAUGGUAAUGAGAAGUUUUGGCAGUUCUUGGAAACUGUACGAGAAUUAACGGUUUAUAAGCAAGGAGAUUCAGAGCAUUCCUAUUACAAUUUAAUCCUGAAGAAAGCAGGACAAUUUUUAUCCAAUUUGCAAAUCAAUCUACUGAAGUUCGCACUUUCGAUACGGGCAUAUUCUCCAACUGUUCAGAUGUUUCAGCAGAUUGCAGCUGAUGAACAUCCACCAGAAGGCUGCAGUGCAUUUGUGGUUAUCCAUGAGAAGCACACCUGUAAGACUAAUGAAAUAAAAAAGCUGCUGAAGAAGGCUACUAAGAGACCAAGACCAUAUCUUUUUAAGGGAGAUCAUAAAUUCCCAACUCUCAAAGAGGAUGGCCCAGUGGUUGUUCUUUAUGCAGAAAUGGGUACGAAAGACUUUGUCAAAUUCCACCGGAUUUUGUCUGAGAAGGCACAAAAGGAGGAAAUUGUUUAUGUUCUCCGGCAUUAUAUUCAGAAACCAAGUUCCAGAAAAAUGUAUUUAUCUGGAUAUGGUGUAGAACUUGCAGUAAAGAGCACAGAAUAUAAAGCAGUAGAUGACACACAGCUCAAAGGAGCAAAUGAGACAAAGGAAGAUGAAGAUGAGGAGGAGGAGGAAAGUGAUGUUCAAGGAUUUCUCUUUGGCAAAUUAAAACAGAUGCAUCCUGAUCUGAAAAAUAAUCUGAAAGAGUUUAAAAAACAUCUAAUUGAAACUACAGACAACAUGGAACCACUGAAGGUUUGGGAGCUACAGGAUCUUAGUUUUCAAGCAGCUGCUCAAAUUAUGUCUACCCCUGUUUAUGAUGCCUUAAAGAUCAUGAAAGACAUAGCUCAGAACUUCCCAAUAAGAGCCAGAUCACUGACCAGAGUGCCUGUAGACAAGAAAAUGCGAAAUGAAAUAGAAGAAAAUCAGAAGCAUUUUCAUGAAAUUCUUGGAAUCCAACCUGGAGAAGGACGUUUAUUUCUAAAUGGCCUUCAUAUUGACCUGGAUUUUCAUGAUCCUUUUAGUAUCUUAGACACGCUUAAACUGGAAGGAAAAGUGAUGCAUGGCCUUCAUGAACUUGGAAUCAAAGAGGAGACCUUGAGUAAAUUCAUGAGGUUGCAUAUACAUCCUACAGAUGACACUUAUGCGCUAGAUAUUCGUCACUCUUCAAUAAUAUGGAUUAAUAACAUAGAGCAAGACUACAGCUAUAGCACAUGGCCUGCAAGCUAUCAAGAACUGCUAAAACCUGCAUUUCCUGGUGUUAUACAGCAGAUUAGACGCAAUUUAUAUAAUUUGGUACUUUUUAUUGAUCCUGUCCAAGAAGAUACAGGUGAUUAUAUGAAACUGGCAGAAUUAUUUUAUCAUCAUAAUGUACCCCUUAGAAUUGGAUUUGUUUUCAUUUUAAAUACAAAAGAAGAAAUUGAUGGAAAUGAAGAUGCUGGAGUAGCUCUUUGGAGAACUUUUAAUUACAUUGCAGAGGAAUCUGACACCUCUCAAGCCUUUACCUCAAUAAUUAAUAUGUACCAUGAAGUGAAAGAUGGAAAUGUUCUAACAGUAAAUCACGUGAAAGAUGUUCUUAGAAGAGAAUACCCACAUGCUGAUGUUCAGAGCAUACUAGAUGUUGAUUCUGAAUAUGAUGAAGGGAGAAAGGCAGGAGCAACUUUUUAUAAAAAGAGUGGCCUGGGUCCAUUGCCUCAAGCUCUGUUUAAUGGCGUGCCCUUUAACAGAAAAGAGAUGGAUGCUGCAGAGUUAGAGACAAUUAUUCUUCAGAAGAUUAUUGAUGCCACCGGAAUCUUCCAGAGGGCAGUGUUCAUGGGUUUGUUAAAUGAUCAUAUAAAUGCAAUGGAUUUUCUUAUGGAUCAGCACAAUGUAGUUUCCCGUAUAAACCCCACUAUUCUUGGAGCAGAGAAAAGAUACAUACAUUUCAGAUCCACAUCUGUUCCAUUUGAUGUGGACGACUUCUCUACUUUCUCUUUUUUGGACUCACAAGAUAAAAGUGCUGUAAUUUCAGACAGCAUGAAGUAUUUAACAAAAAAGGAUGAAGAUGUAUUAUAUGCUGUUACUAUCUGGAUUGUUGCUGAUUUUGAUAAGCCAGCUGGGAGACGACUGCUUUCUAAUGCCUUGAAAAGCCUGAAAACAAGCAGUCAUACACGAGUUGGGAUUUUGAACAAUCCUUCAUCAAAAAUAAGGGAAGAUAACACAGCCAUUGCAAGAGGAAUUUUGACUGCUUUUCUAACCCAAAACAACAGCAAUUUAAAAAGUUUUCUAAGUAAACUCAGUAAGGAAGAGACAGCAAAAUCCCUUGCUGCUGGAACUAAAAUUGCUAAAUUCCUUGUCCCAGGAAUGGAUGACAAUACUUUUGAGAAGAAGUACAACACUUUAGGACUGGAUAUUAUUAAAACCCACCAGAUGUUCUGCCGGGAGGUUCUUAAGCUGCUUCCUGGGCAAAUGGCUGUUGUAAGCAAUGGCAGGGUACUAGGUCCUUUAGAUGAAAAUGAAUUUUAUGCAGAAGACUUUAAUUUGUUGGAAAAGAUAACAUAUAGUACCUCAGCAGAGAAGAUUAAAGCUGUUGUCAAAGAGAUGGGAAACAGUAGUAAAAGUGGCAGUGAUUUGAUUAUGAAAAUAGAUGCCCUACUGUCAUCUUUGCCGAAAACAGAGAUGAGACAGGAUGUUGAAUUGCUCAAAGAACAGCAUAGUGUAGUAAAAGUCAAUCCCCGACAGGAAGAACCAUUCUGUGAUGUUAUUGCAAUUGUGGAUCCAUUGACAAGAGAAGCACAGAAGAUGGCUCACUUGCUAAUUGUACUUAAAGACAUCAUCAAUAUGAAACUUAGGUUGUUUUUGAACUGCAGAUCUAAGCUGUCAGAAGCACCUCUGAAGAGCUUCUAUCGUUUUGUUCUGGAACCAGAAUUAACUUAUGGGAUCAACAAGCACCUUCCUUCUGAACCUGUGGCAAAAUUCCUAGAAUUGCCAGAAUCGCCCCUUUUGACUCUAAACAUGAUCACUCCUGAAAGCUGGUUGGUUGAAGCAGUAAACAGUUCCUGUGAUCUUGAUAACAUUCAUUUACAGGAUAUAAAAGGGACAGUUACAGCAGAAUAUGAACUAGAAUAUAUAUUGCUUGAAGGACAUUGCUUUGAUGUGACAACUGGACAACCUCCUCGAGGGUUACAGUUCACUCUGGGCACAAAGAAUAAUCCUGUCAUGGUUGAUACUAUUGUGAUGGCCAACCUGGGGUAUUUUCAGCUGAAGGCAAAUCCAGGUGCUUGGACACUGAGAUUGCGUAAAGGAAGAUCCGAAGAGAUCUACCAGGUUUUUUCCCAUGAAGGAACAGAUUCUGUAGCUGACUUGACAGAUGUUACCGUGGUAUUGAACAACUUCAAAAGCAAAAUUAUCAAAGUCCAAGUACAGAAAAAGCCUGAUAAAAUGAAUGAAGAUCUUCUUACUGAUGGAACAACAGGAAAAAAAGGAAAUCAAGAAUCAGUUUUAAGCUUUUCAGAAGAAAUUCCAACAGAAGAGAAGGAAAAGCAAAGUGAUAUUCUUAACAUUUUUUCCGUUGCUUCAGGCCAUUUGUAUGAACGUUUUUUAAGAAUUAUGAUGCUUUCUGUCCUGCGUCAUACAAAAACACCAGUUAAAUUUUGGUUUCUGAAAAACUAUCUCUCGCCAACAUUUAAGGAUGUUAUUCCUCACAUGGCUAAAAAGUAUGGUUUCAGCUAUGAGUUAGUACAGUACAAGUGGCCCCGCUGGCUCUAUCAACAGACAGAAAAACAAAGAAUUAUCUGGGGCUACAAAAUUCUUUUUUUGGAUGUUCUUUUCCCUUUGGCUGUGGAUAAAAUAAUAUUUGUCGAUGCUGACCAGAUUGUGAGAAGUGACCUAAAAGAGCUCAGAGAUCUAAAUCUAAAUGGAGCUCCCUAUGGAUACACACCUUUCUGUGACAGCCGUAAAGAAAUGGAUGGGUACCGUUUCUGGAAAUCGGGAUACUGGGCAUCACAUCUUGGGAAAAGGAAAUACCAUAUUAGUGCCUUGUAUGUUGUGGAUCUGAAGAAGUUCAGAAAGAUCGCAGCUGGAGACAGGCUUCGGGGCCAGUACCAGGCUCUUAGUCAAGAUCCAAACAGUUUGUCAAAUCUAGAUCAGGAUCUUCCCAAUAAUAUGAUUCAUCAAGUAGCUAUUAAGUCUCUCCCUCAGGAAUGGCUUUGGUGUGAAACCUGGUGUGAUGAUGAAUCCAAGAAAAAGGCUAAAACAAUAGAUUUGUGCAACAAUCCCCAAACCAAAGAACCAAAAUUAAAGGCUGCUGCCCGCAUAGUUCCCGAAUGGGUUGACUAUGACUCCGAGAUACGAACAUUAAUAGAGCAAAUUGAGAAAGAGAAGAAUCGUUCCUUUCAAAAAGGUCUUAAGCACGAUGAACUUUAGCACAGCCUCUACACAGCAAUGGGGACAGCUCAAAAAGUCUUCCGUGAAAGGCUGAGUGGAAGUUACGAAUGUUACAUUGGCACUAUUUGUUACACUCUGUAACGUGAAGUCACAUAUUUUAUAACAGUGUUAUUUAAAAAUGUUUCCAAUGAAAUACAAAACCAGAAGAGAAAUCCAUGGGUACUUUGAUUUUUUUUUCACUCAGCACAGAGUAGCUUUCCUGAUUUCUUUGGUUUUCUUUUCCUCCACUAAAACACAGCUUGCCCCGAGGAUUUUGAAUAUAAAGACUGAUGUGUUCAGCUCUUCUAAAAUAGAUUGGGUCAAUCUGGGGGAGGACACACACACAUUAAAUAUGUACAUAAAAACUGGUUUGUGCAUAUUACAUGCACUAAGCUAUUUAAAAGAAAGAAUUUUGGUUAUAUGUCCCUGGAGAAAUGCUGUGGUCACAAGAAAUAGCUUGUGUAAUUCAGGCCACACAAAUCUAAGUCAACUGGGAUGCCAGGAAUGUCAUUUCCCAUUUAUUAUGCAGGAUUGCUGCAACCUUAGUAAUUAGAAAAAAUCAUUUUUAAUUCUUAGGCUCUUUUUGGUCACAUCAACAGUAUGUCAUGAAAUUCCAUUACAUUUUCUUAGUUAAGAUGAUUUUCCAACCAGCACGUACUGCAUCAGAAGGUCAGCACCUGAAAGCUGUUCCCAUUCAGUUUUGAUUAUCAUCAUCCUGUUCAGAAUUGAUAAUAAAAUAAUAAAAUCUCUGAGUAAUGGUGACAGUCAGUGGUGUCUCCUGUAAUUUUCUAAGUCUGUACUCACAAAGCCAUUGCUUUAAUGGGCUGCUGACAUUUCGAUCCCACACAAAUUGCAGUGAAAAGUUCUUGCAAUACAGCUAUGUAAAACCAGGGAGUUUAUUUCUUAAACUGGAAUCUAGUGCCUUAAAUACAUACUCUGUUGCUCAGGCUGUGCUGCUUUCAGAAGAGAUUGGACAUGACAACACAUUCUUGUAUUGUCAUGAAAUACAGCUUAAUGCAGUAUUUCAGCCUAAAUGCUUGAAAUGACAAAAGAGAAGGUAAUUUGCACUGAGUGGGUGAAUCCAUGAUGAGUUGCAUAGUAAUAUUUCUGUACUAGCAAAUAAUUUACUAAAUAAUACAAAAAAUUAAGAGUAUUUUGUCCGUAUUGUCACUGUCCUCAGGUGUUGGUUAUUUAAAAUGUCUUGCUGUAAGAGCAAGUGUCCUCGGUUUUGACCAGUGUUAAACCAUGACAGCAAGUAUUUAAAGUCAUGCUUUGCUGCUAUUUUUCAAGUCUUAGUAAUAUGAAAUGUGCAAAUUCCUUUUACAGCUUUUUCUAUUUUUCACUGUAUUACCUUUAUGCAUUUUCAAACAGUUUUAACAUGUCACAUAUGGAUUUUAAAAGGUCUGUUGUAAGCAUUUUCUUUGUAUGAAGUACCCAAGGAAGUUACUUCCUGUGUAACCCAUGCAUAAAUCCUACUGUCAGUUCUCUUUAGUUGUCCCAUUUCACCUAUAUCUGUUUUGUUAUGCUUGUUCUCUAACGUAAUUACUUUAGGGUAUCAGGCAGCAUAGAACAUAGAACUUUAAGUUGGUAUUUUUAUACCAGAUAGACUUACAAUUAGCAAAUGUAUAUGCACCAUUACUAUACAUUCAAUGUGUAACAAGGAGACAACUGAUACUCUGUAUGAGGGAAAAAACCAAACAGUAUUCAUGACUGCUUGCUGCUUUGUUUUUCCCCCUUUUCUGUCUUUAAGCUUAAAAUUCCAUCCUGAUGCUUCACUCUGCAGCAGUGUUUCACAUCAAUCUGCCUUGGAAUGCCUGAAGCAGACAUUGGAAAGCUUUUGUUUUUAAACCAGAAGUUAAUCUGUAAGAAACAACUUAGUUCUCCUUAAUUAUGAUUAUCUGUGGGGGAAUUUUGUUAUGCAGUAUAAAAAAAGUGGGUAAUUUA